AUGGCGGUCAAGCCUAGUGCAAUGAUGCUGAUACCUUUGGCACUCUUGCUUCUUGCGCUCAGCUCGUCAGCAGUGGCUCAGCUGCAAGUCGGCUACUACAGCAAGACAUGCCCGAACGUUGAGGCCAUCGUCCGCGAGGAGAUGGAGAAGAUCCUCUCAGCGGCGCCCAACCUCGCUAGCCCGCUCCUAAGGCUCCAUUUCCACGACUGCUUCGUCAGGGGUUGUGACGCCUCUGUCCUGCUCAACUCCACCGAAGGCAACCUGGCAGAGAGGGAUGCAAAGCCAAACAAGAGCCUCCGGGGCUUCGGUUCCGUGGACAGGGUGAAGGCCAAGCUCGAGGCAGCCUGCCCCAACACCGUCUCCUGCGCCGACGUCCUCACCCUCAUGGCGCGCGACGCCGUCGUGCUUGCCAAGGGCCCCUUCUGGCCCGUCGCGCUGGGGAGGAGAGACGGCAGCGUGUCCCGCGCAACCGAGGCAGCCGACCAGCUGCCGCCCGCCAAUGGGGACGUCCCGCUUCUCACCAAGAUUUUCGCUUCCAAAGGCCUAGACGUCAAGGACCUCGUCGUGCUCUCCGGCGCGCACACCCUCGGCACGGCGCACUGCUCGUCGUACGCCGGUCGGCUCUGCAACUUCAGCAGCGCCUACAGCGCUGACCCAACCCUGGACAGCGAGUACGCCGACAGGCUGAGGACGCGCUGCAAGAGCGUCGACGACAUGGCCAUGCUGUCCGAGAUGGACCCCGGCAGCUACAAGACCUUCGACACCAGCUACUACCGCCAUGUCGCCAAGCGCCGGGGGCUCUUCCAGUCCGACGCCGCGCGCCUCGCCGACGCCAUAACCAGGGAGUACGUCCAGCGCAUCGCCACCGGCAAGUUCGACGACGUGUUCUUCGAGGACUUCGGUGAGUCCAUGAUCAAGAUGGGCAACGUCGGCGUGCUCACCGGUGCCCAGGGCGAGAUCAGAAAGAAGUGCUACAUCGUCAACUAGACGAACUUGAUU